UUUCCUACUCUUUUGUUUCAACUUUUAAGUCUUCAAAUUGAUAAGAAUCUGCACCUUUCACAGAGUAUAAAUAAUAUAUGCAUAAUUAAGUAGGUAUUUCAAAACACUUUGAUAAUUAAAAACUUUUGAUCCAAAAAACUAAACUUAAUUUGAUCAGUAGAUGAUGGAACGACAACGCUUCGGGAUGAAGCUGAUGUCGUUAGUGAUUGUGGUGGCGGUGGUGGUGGCGGCGUGUAACAACUCCGUAUCGUACGCUCAUGAAGUGGAGGAGGAGAUCAAAGAGAGCGGUGAGUCGUGGACGGGGUGGGCUAAAGAGAAGAUCCAGGAGGGGCUUGGAUUGAAACAACAAGGCGAAGAACUCAGUUCUGGAGCUGGAGAAGCCAAAGAAAAGGUGACGGACAAGGCUUCAAUGACGAAGGACGCAGCCAUGGACAAGGCCAAGGAAUACGGCAGAGAGGCUUCUAACAAGGCCUCGAAUGUGAAAGAUCGGGUUCAACAGCAAGCGGAAACAGCAGCCGAUAAAGCUCAAGAGGCUAAGGAGACGGUGAAAGCCGAUGCUCAAGAAGCAAAGGAGGCUGCGGCUCGCAAGGCUCAAGGAGCCAAGGAAAUGGCUAAAGACGAGGCUCAACUACAUUUGGAAACAACACGCAAUAAAGCUCAAGAGUCUAAGGAGACGAUGAAAGCAAAUGUUGAGGAAACAAAAGAGGCAGCUGCUCGCGUGGCUCAACGAGCUAGGGAAAUGGCUAAAGAUGAGGCUAAACUAGAGUCGGAAUCUACAGGGAAUAAAGCUCAAGAGGCAAAGGAGAGGAUGACAAACAAGGUUGAACAAACAAAGGAGGCAACGGCUCGAAAGGCUCAAGAAGCAAAGGAAAUGGCUAAAGAUGCGAAAGAUGUUGCAGAGGAACAUUCUAGUUGGGUAAAGGAUAAAGCCAGUGAGGGGUAUGAUGCUCUUAAGAAGAAGGCUAGUGAUGCUUUGCAAACUGCUAAAGAGAUGGCUCAGGAUAUGACCUCGGCUCGCUAUAUUAUUGAUAACGAUGACGAUGAUGAUGAUGAUGAGCUCUAAAUUACAACCUUUCUAGUUCUGAUUGUCGUAAAUGUUGUGUAGAAAGAAGCUAGCUAGUUUGUACGUGGUUGGUCUUUUGUCAAUUUUGGGUAGGAGGAUUGCCUCUUUGUUUUACUGCUUCAAGGUUUACAUGAAUGUGUUCAAGGUUAAGCCUAGAUUUGUAGUAAUGUUACCAUGUUGCAUGUGACGACGUUCUAGCUAUUUUGUUAAAAAGUUUUACUUUG